AUGGAAUACCCAGCAGAAAACAACGGCCAAGAGCAGCCAGACGCCGCCUCGCUCGUCAUCGUGGAGAACCUGAGGAAGCAACCGAUGCUACUUUAUCCCAACCCUCUCUCUCAGCAUUCACUGGCUCAAGCCGCCGCCGCCGCCGCCGCUGCUCAAUUAAAACGUAUCCAGAAGGAGAAGGCACGCGGUACUAACAACAUCAACACGGGUUCUUUGAAUGCCGUUCACCCCAAAGUCAACAACCUGAAAGGUCCCGCCGCCAUCCCCACCUCCACGACGGUCCCAAACCGCCCUUCCCCAUCCGCGGCGCCCUCGAAAGCCAUUUCAAUGGCGAAUAUCAUUAUCCGCCAGGAUCCGGGUUCCCGAUUUCGACCCGGACAAAGCAACAUUGGCUACAGCUUUUUGAACGAAGAGAGAAAGAUCGAGGAACCUUCCCCUCAGGACGAGUAUAAUUCUUGGAUGGGAUUUUUCACCAAUGAGGCCAUCGCGGACCUCACCCGUGAUGUCUCGGAGCCCGAGUUCGUGCCGCAUGAGCCCCCGAAGCUGCAGGAUUCCCAGGCCAUGACGCCGCAGAAAGUCACUGGCCCGGUUGACCAGACCAGCAGCAAUGCCCUUGACCUCCAAAUGGACCUCACGUCGGACGGCUUCCUAGGCUUCGCCCAGGACAUCACACUCCGCGGCCCUCUCCUCGACGACGAGGAAGAGGCCUCGUCUCGCACUUCUGCUCAGACCCCCCAACCGUUCACGUCCGAUUUCAUUGAGCCCUUCAACACCCCCGCCGACGCCAUUCUUUACCUUGCCAAUAUCGCAGGUCCCAACGAUACCGCGGCUCAUUCUGGUCAGAUACUACAGAUGGAGCGAGGCCUGGAGACUCCGAGCGGCCAGGACAUCCCGCAGUCGAGCCAAGUCCCGUCCACGCCCGCUCCUAAGCACGUCGCCUCGACAACGAUCUCGCUCGCCUCGAAUGAAGGGGACACUGGUCAUGAGAACUAG